AUGAUUAGUUCAAAAAUGGCGAUGAUAACUAAUAUUGUAAGAUUAUUUUUCCCAAUAAUUUUACUAAUUAUAAGUUCAAAAUGUAAUGCAAAUGAUAUCUUAGGUUGUGGCGGCUUUGUUAAAAGUCACGUUACCUUGGAUUUUUCUAAGAUUGAGAUUGGACUGUAUACCAAAGAAGGUAGUCUUAAGGAAAAAACAGAAUGUGCUCCUACGAAUGGUUAUUACUUCCUCCCAUUGUAUGAAAAAGGAGAGUAUGUGCUCAAGGUUCAUCCACCAGCAGGCUGGAGCUUUGAACCGUCACAAGUAGAACUCUCAAUAGAUGGUACAACGGAUCAAUGUUCUUCAGGCCAAGACAUUAAUUUCGCCUUUAACGGCUUUGGAAUAACUGGACGAGUGAUCACAGCUGGCCAGAAGCAAGGUCCAGGUGGAAUAAACAUCCAGCUGGUGAAUGAUAAAGGGGAAGUUCGGAAUACUGUGACUGCAGUAGGUGGUGAUUUUCACUUCACCCCUGUUAUUCCUGGCAAGUAUACUGUGAAAGCAUCACAUCCAAGGUGGAAGCUUGACCCAUCUGAAGCAAUUGUUCAAGUGAAGGAAGGCAACACUGCAUUACCAGGUGGUGUAUUGGCAGUGAAGGGUUAUGAUGUCUCUGGCUCUGUUCAUUCAUUUGGCAGCCCUAUCGGAGGUGUAUAUGUACUGCUGUACUCGAAGGAGGAAAACCCUCUAUUCCGUGUGGAAGGAUGUACAACAGCUCUCCUCCAAGGUGUCCCGGAUGCUCCAAUAUGCCAUUCGAGGACUGAUGCUAAUGGAGAAUUUAGUUUUGGUUUGGUACCAGCUGGAGAAUAUAAGUUGUUGCCAUUGGCAAGGCCUCCUGGUCAAGUGGCUGUUAGCUACAAUGUGAGACCAGAAUCCGUUCCAUUCACUGUUAGACAUGACAGUCUCUUCAUUAAAAAUGCCUUUGAGGUGACAGGAUUCACUGUUGUUGGUACGGUAGUCAGUUCCAUGGGUGGGCCCGGCAUGGCUGGUGCUCGUGUUCUACUCGAAGGGGAGCCCAUUGGCAAAACCGAUGCUAAAGGAAAAUUCACAUUGCCGAAUCUACAGCCUGGCACUUAUAGCCUGGGUUUCCAACACGAACAAUGUGAAUUCGACGACAUCCAGCUGGUCAUCACACCAACGGGUCCCCGUGCGGCGAUUACAGCACGUGCAGCGCGCUGGCGAGUGUGUGGCGCGGUCACCCCCGCCACCCAGCGCCACGUCAUACUGACCCGGGACGGGCAGGACGCACAUAAAGUGAUGGCGGAAGGUGACCAGGGCGCAUGGUGCACGUAUCUACCGUCAGGAGUUUAUACCGCUAAGGUGCAUGUAACCGAUCAAGAACAGCGAGAUGGACUGCAAUUCUACCCUCUAACGCAGAGAGUGUCAGUGGGUAAUGGCCCCGUGGAUGGUAUCACUUUCUCUCAGCUCAAAGGCAAGCUGAGCGGGGUGAUACAGUGCAAGGAGUCCAAAUCGUGUGCCAACAUACCUGUGACGCUACGACCCUUGUCAGCUGACGGCGGAUAUGUCGGACAGCCCGUCUCGACUGUCGCCAUUGAUGGGAAGUACACAUUUGAGGAGGUACUCCCAGGCAGUGUGGAAAUCUCUGUGGAUAGUGACCGCCUCUGUUGGGCUGAGGCCAGACACAAUGUAGCCGUGACACAGGACCACGCCAACGUGCCCACGUUUGAACACACUGGAUAUGUGUUGAAGAUUCAUUCCACACAUGAAGUUGAGGUGGAGUACGCGAGCGGCCAGGCCGAGGGCGUGUUGCUGGUGGCGGCGGGCGCGAGCCAGCAGUGCGUGCCGCUGGCCGGUCGCUACACGCUGACGCCGCGCGGCUGCCACCGCUUCCAGCCGCACCAGGCGCACGCCGACACCAGCGCCGAUACCACCGAGACUAUAUAUUUCGUGGCGACUGCUCAUGCUGUAGUGAUCAAGGUGACAUCUCCAGAACCGGUUGAAGACUUGAUGCUCCACCUCAAUGCUGAUGGGCAACCCACUAAGGAUAUCGGACCUCUGGUACCUCUGCAGCAGCCUGGCGGUGGAUACGUGUUUGAACACACCCUGUAUAUGGCAGACGGCGAGUCGUGGGCGGUGUCGUGCACGUCGGCGCGGCUGCUGGUGGGGCCCCCGGCGCGCGUGUGGGGCGGCGCGUCGUGCCAGCCGCACGCGCUCGUGCUGCGCGCGCGCCCCGCGCUCACGCUGGCCGGCCGCCUCGUGCCGCCCGUGCCCGGCGCCACCGUCACGCUCACUGCCGACGAUUUAAAACUAAGUCAAGAAACAACAGAAGAUGGCACGUAUCGGUUCGGUCCGCUGGACGCGUCUGUGCGCUACACGAUCACGGCGGAGAAGGAGUCGUACGUGUUCAGCGCGCCCGACGAGCGCGGGGACAUCGCCGCGCACAAGCUGGCCGAGAUCUCCGUGCUGCUCACCGACGUCGCUGACGCCACGCCCCUGCAGGGCGCCUUAGUGUCAGUGAGCGGUGGUACGUACCGCCGUAACGUGGUGAGCGGAGCGGACGGCCGGCUCCGCUUCGCUUCGUUGUCGCCCGCUCAGUACUACAUUAAGCCCAACAUGAAGGAGUACAAGUUCCAACCGCCUCAUCACAUUGUGGCUUUAGAAGAGGGAGUCACUCAUGAUAUUGAACUAAAGGGCGUGCGCGUGGCGUGGUCGUGCGUGGGCGCGCUGGUGUCGCUGGGCGGCGCGGGCUGGGCGCGCGCGGGGCUGCUGGCCGUGCCGCGCGCGCCCAGCGCCCCGCACUGCGCCACCGAGGAGGCCACCACCGACCCAGGCGGCGCCUUCAGAAUUCGGGGACUAUUACCGAAUUGCGUUUACGACAUCCAAUUGAAAGAAUCUACUACCCCAGAGUUGUUCGGUCUGAAGUUAGCCAAAGCGCCGCCCAAACUAGAGGUCAAGGAAAAUAAAGACAUCGAGAAUAUCCGUCUGAUUGCGAUCCAACCGCAUCAGAUUACCGAUGCGAACGUCCUCGUUUACACUCCUAACAUUGACCAUUACAAAACCCUGCGCCUAACACUAGCCCUCGAAACUACCCCACACACCCCCAUAUAUUCGACCAAACUAGACCCAGCCGGGUACAACCAGAACAUGAACCCGGGACUUAUGUAUGUGUUGCCGAGACUGCCAGCUGAUAAUAAAACUUAUGUGGUACAGUUAGAGUCCACUUUGAGUAAAACAACGCAUACGUACGGCGAGGAGGUACAUUAUUUUAAUUCCGAUGGGCAUUUCAAACAUUUCACCAUCGAGUUUUUGCCUAAGGUAAAGUUGCACGAGCAGGAAGUGCGGCAGUCGUCGCUGCUAAUAGUGCCCCUGUUGGGCCUGCUGGCCCUCGCCUACACGCAGCGCUCGCGCCUGCUCGCCGCGCUCGGCCAAGCGAUGGCCAGUGGCAGCGCUCGCGCCCCUGCUCGCACCGCUCGCUCCGAGCGCGCCGAGCGGAUCGAGCGCACCGAGCGGAGCGAGCGCGCCGCCGCCGACAUCGACCACAUCGUGGCCGCGCUGUCGCCGCCCGCCAAGAGACAGAUCAAGAAGUCCAAACUCAUAUAG